AAAUUAAAAUCAAAACAUGAUUUGUUAACUAUUCUCAUCACUGCAAAUCAUAAUGCAAAAACUAAUACGACUGAGUCUUUAACUAAUGAUGAUAUUAGAGCACUUUUAUUUGAUGUUUUUAUUGCUGGGUCUGACACG